GGAGUAGAUUGAAGUUGGUCAUUCGCUUUCGAUUGCCAUGGCAAUCAAGAAUGGAGCUUUUUUCCUCUCUCUUCAGUUCAUCCUGGUCGUGAUCACAACAGUCAACAGAAUCAACGGCCAGGAAUUCAGUCUCCAUGAAGCAACAAUCGAAGGGAUCCAAAGAGCCUUCGCGGAGAAUCGGCUAACGUCGAGACAGCUGGUGGAGUUCUACCUCCGCCAAAUCGAAACCCUAAAUCCCGCACUUCGCAGCGUGGUGGAGGUCAAUCCCGACGCGCGGAAGCAGGCGGAGGAGGCCGACCGCCGGAGAAGAAGCUCGAGAGCGGAUCGGCGGGGAGAGCUGGAGGGAAUUCCGGUGCUGUUAAAGGACACGAUGGCGACGAAAGACAAGAUGAAUACGACGGCGGGAUCGUACGCGCUGCUCGGAUCGGUGGUGCCUCGGGACGCCGGAGUGGUGGAGAAGCUUAGGGCCGCCGGGGCUGUCAUUUUGGGGAAAGCUAGUCUCACCGAGUGGUACUCGUUUCGUGGUAUUGGUCGCGUUCCUAAUGGUUGGUGCGCUAGAGCUGGACAAGGCGUGAAUCCUUAUGUAGCAUCCGGAGAUCCAUGUGGCUCAAGCAGUGGAUCAGCCAUUUCAGUAGCUGCAAACAUGGUCAGGGUAUCACUUGGGUCCGAGACUCAUGGCUCCAUACUCUGCCCAUCAGACCACAACUCUGUCGACGGGGUCAAGCCCACAGUUGGGCUCACUAGCCGUGCCGGGGUCAUUCCCGUUUUGCCUCCCCAUGACACCAUUGGGCCUAUAAGCAGGACAGUUUCUGAUGCGGUUUACGUACUCGAUGCAAUUGUGGGCUUUGAUAAACAAGACUACGAAGCAACAAAAGAAGCGGCUAAAUUCAUUCCUUUGGGUGGUUAUAAACAGUUUCUCAAAUUAGAUGGGCUCAGAGGAAAGAGACUCGGAGUUGUUCGGAAGCCAUUUGUAGAUUUUUUAAACAAGUCCUCUGUCUUACAAGCUUUUGAAAGUCAUUUGAACACAUUGAGACAAAGGGGCGCAACUAUAGUGGACAAUCUUGAAAUAGAAAACGUAAAUGUAGUGCUGAAUCCAAGUCGAAGUGGUGAACUUACUGCAAUGUUGGCCGAGUUCAAGCUCUCUGUAAAUGAGUACUUAAAGGAACUCGUUGCUUCUCCAGUGAGAUCGCUUGCUGACAUUAUUGCAUUCAACAAAAAUCACCCUGAUUUGGAGAAAACUGAAGAAUAUGGUCAACACACUUUUAUCCAAUCAGAGAAGACAAAUGGGAUCGGAGAAAAGGAAAUGAAGGCAACUGAGUUGAUGAAAAAUCUUUCACGAGCCGGGUUUGAGAAACUGAUGGUGGAAAAUGAACUGGAUGCGCUGGUGACACCAGGUACAGGUGCUAUUUCUGUGUUGGCAAUUGGAGGCUACCCUGGGAUUACUGUCCCAGCAGGAUACGACGACAACGGAAUGCCAUUUGGUCUCUGUUUUGGCGGGUUGAAGGGUACAGAACCAAAGCUAAUUGAGGCUGCUUAUGCCUUUGAACAAGCCACCAUGAUCAGGAGACCAUCUUUUCCUAAAUUGUUUGAAUUGAUAGAUCGUAACAAAGGUGGUGUUGGAAGUUUUUAGUUGAUUUAGUGUCAUCCUGGUGAAGUAAUGAAAUAUUUUUACGUGUAUCCAACCAAAUGAACAUUUUAUGUGGUUUGAUCUAUUUAAAAAUACUAAGCCUACGCUUGAUCUUGUUGGAUGGUUAAAAGGGACCAGCAUACUUGGCUACUUCAAAUCCUAAAGCGACAAUA